AUGGCGGAAGAGUGCCUGGUGUCGAGAAAGAAGUUUGGCGGGAAGGCCAUGGAGGUUCGCAGUGAGAUGUGGACAGGCCUAGAUCUUUGCUCUCAGGGAAUAAAGAAUAUCUCCAAGUCUCUGUUUGAUAUGAGGUUUAUCAGGACGCUAAAUCUUGCGAAUAACGAGAUAGAGGUGAUUCCAAGAGAGAUAUGCAACCUGAGGCAUCUUGAGGUGCUCAAUCUCAGCAAGAAUAAGAUUAGAAGCAUUCCUCCGGAGAUUGGAAAGAUUGUCAGCCUAAGGGAACUAAAUCUGAGUGACAAUCUGAUUUCGAACAUUCCCAUGGAGAUGGGGACGCUCUACAACCUUGAGGUCUUUGAGAUAGCCAACAAUCCAUUGAUAGUACCGUUCAACACGCUUAUUAGAGACAAAAAGCUUCUCCAGUUUUGCAGAGAGCACAACACAGGAUAUCCUCCUCCAAACGACAGGCUGUGGAUAGAAUGCACAGGCAAAAAUGUCUUCUAUGGUGACACAGUAAGCGUCGGAACCUUCAACAUCCUCUCAAACAUCUAUGCCACAAGAAUGACCUAUGCACCGUCGUGGGUGAUCAACUCUGAAUUCCGAAGAGAGGGUGUUCUGCAGGAAAUAGUUCUGUACAACGUGGACAUACUGUGCCUCCAGGAGAUCGAACUGUACAGCUUCUUCGACUUCUACAAGGAGCAGCUUGAGAUGAGAUGCAACUAUGACUCGAUUAUCUAUCCGCGGGGAAGAGUCAAGAGCGUCCCGGACAAGAAGAAUGUGGACGGAUGCGCAAUUUUCUGGAGAAGGAGUAAGUUCCGUCUGAUUGCUCAGUUUCCCAUAGAUUUCCAUCAGAAGGUGAUCCAGGACACAAGGUUCAACACCAACCAGGAGCUACUUGACAGAUACGGAAAGAAGGAUAACAUAGCCAUUGGGGCUCUCCUCGAGAGGCCUAAUGGGCAGCAAGUGCUGGUGAUGAACACUCACAUAUUUUGGGAUCCAGACUACCCAGACAUCAAGCUGCUUCAGGUACUUUUGCUGGUCGAGGAAAUCAAGAGGGUCAGUUCAAGACAUCCGAAUGCAUGCCUGCUUCUACAAGGAGACUUCAACUCCCUUAGAUCCUCGUCGGUUUACAAGUCGAUAACAACCCCGGUGAUAGACUUCGCAGACUUUGGAGACACCAUGCAGCAUCUUUCGAACCAACAGUUUGGUGACGGCUUGGGGCUUAACGAUGCAUAUUCGAACCAGGACCUUGGAUUCACCAACUUUACUCCCGGGUUCAAGGGCGUUAUUGACUACAUAUUCUAUGGUGGCGGGAUAAGCCUGGCAUCAGUGCUGUCUCCCGUGGAGGAUGAAUACACAGAGAAUGUUGCAGGCCUCCCAAACAUGCACUUUCCCUCUGACCACAUCUUCCUGGGAGCAAAGUUUGCCUUUCCUAACAAAAACAUCAGCCAAAAUGCUUUUGGCAGGAAUUCAAGACAAUAA